CUCCACAUGUAAGAGAACUCGAAAUGCUAAUACUAGCAUGCUGUUGAGGAGGGUUUAGGUUUCAGAUGAAGUGCUACACCGAUCUUCGAAGUGAGCUGAACUUAUUUUUGUAGGAUAUCACAAUCUAAUCAAGAUCCUUGAAUUUCCCCAAAUCUAUGUACGAGUAAAAGUACAUUUCUCCAUGUUCAUCAUGUAAACCUCUUAAUAAGUGACCCUAAUGUCCCUCCGACAAUAAUAACCCCUGAAUCUCGUAGGAACGAGCCAUUAGAAUUCACAAUUAUCCACUCUAUCAAGGCUGAUUUUCACCCUACGACCACGCCUCGACGCAAUCCCUUCCACCCAAUAAAAUGAUUUGUCCACUACUUUACUACUUUCUGCAAUGACCUAGGAAAUUAAAUGGUGGCAUCUAUGGCCUUCAAAAAAAAAAAAAAAUUGGUAAGAACCUUCAAAAUUAUUUGAAGAUGAAUACACCAAGCAUAUGAACUAGAAUAAAAAUGGGCUCAAUAUAAAUUUCAAGCCCGCGAGAGACAUAGCCAAAAGCCCAAUACUCACCGGACAGCGCGCAGAAAAAAGCGCCAAGUUUUUCCCGCCCAAGACGCCAGUCGCCGGCGAUUAGAAAUCAGAGAAGAAGAAAAGGAGGAGGAAAAGGGGGAAAAUAUUGAGCGCCUCCGAUCUUCCGACGAAAAUAUUUCAAGAUCCUGCAAAAUCCAACGGCCGGGAAGUCCGCGACGCCCGCACAACGAGGUAAGGCUUCACCGCCUCUGUACACUACUUUGAAAAAUAAGUAAGCUGCCAAAAGAGAGAAACAGAAAGCAAGAAAGACGUUUCACUUGAGCUGGCUCUGUUUCUGACACAGUGACACUCUGCAGCCUCGCCACUCCGCCACUCUCUACCGUUUCCUGCCAUCUAUUUAAUCACAAACGAAGGAGAAGGAGAGGAAAUAAGAAGAAAUCGACUCUCUCUCUCUCUCUCUCUCUCCCAAUUUCGGAUAUCCCGAGGGAGAAAAAAGAAAGAAAACAAGGCGUUCCCCUGCAGAAAUGGCGAAGUCGCCGGAAACAGAGCACCCACAGAGGGCAUUUGGCUGGGCCGCCAGAGACCCCUCCGGCGUCCUCUCUCCCUUCAAUUUCUCCCGCAGGGAAAAUGGAGAUGAAGAUGUGACCAUAAAGAUCCAUUUCUGUGGGAUCUGCCACUCUGACUUGCACUCCAUCAAGAACGAAUGGGGCAUUGCUCGUUACCCCAUAGUUCCAGGGCACGAGAUCGUCGGGAUUGUAACGAAAUCUGGCACGAACGUCUCGAAGUUCAAAGAGGGCGACCGAGUAGGAGUAGGAGUGAUGGUGGGAUCGUGCAGGUCAUGCGACUACUGCAACCAGCAAUUGGAGAACUACUGCCCAAAAAUGACAUUCACCUACGGCUCCAUCGACCGUGACGGAACUCCAACUUACGGCGGAUACUCCGACAUCAUCGUCGUCGAUCAGCACUUUGUUGUCCGAUUCCCCGACUCCAUGCCGUUCGAUGCUGGCGCGCCUCUGCUCUGUGCCGGAGUGACGGUGUAUAGUCCGAUGAAGUACUAUGGAAUGGCGGAUGAGCCUGCAGGGAAGCACCUGGGAGUUGUUGGGCUUGGUGGGCUGGGCCAUGUCGCUGUGAAGAUUGGGAAAGCAUUUGGGUUGAAGGUGACGGUGAUUAGCCAUUCGCCGGGGAAGGAGGGUGAGGCUGUCGGGAGGUUGGGUGCUGAUGGAUUCCUCGUCAGCAGUGAUCCUCUCCAAAUCAAGGCCGCUUCGGGUAGUAUGGAUUACAUAAUCGAUACAGUCUCAGCUGUUCAUGCGCUGACACCACUCUUGGCCCUUCUAAAGACUAAUGGCAAGCUGAUCACUCUGGGUCUGCCUGACAAGCCUCUCGAGCUCCCCAUCGCCCCUCUAGUUCUAGGUCGAAAGCUGGUGGGAGGGAGCGACAUAGGAGGGAUGAAGGAGACGCAGGAGAUGCUCGACUUCUGCGCUAAGCACAACAUCACAGCGGAUGUCGAGGUGAUUCCCAUGGAUCAAGUCAAUGUCGCCAUGGCGAGGCUUGCUAAGUCGGAUGUCAGAUACCGAUUUGUGAUCGACGUCGCCAACUAUUUAUCGAAAUAACUCAAUCGUUGUUCAAAAGUUACGAUGAAACGAGAACCCUUUUGGUGGUGAAGCUAGCCAACUCUCUUUAAACUAAUAAGGCUUUUCCUUUUAGCUUGUUCUUGUGCUUUGAAUGUGUUGGAUAUUUGGAUUCAUAUAUGAAUAUGAAGAAGUUUUAUGGAUGGAUUUGGUUUCAUUAUUGAAAACCUUUUGGAAUGGCCACCAUGGCUGAUCACAUCAGUUAGCUUUAAUUAAGAAUUGAACAUUAA